UCAGGAAACGAUUCAUCUUCCAAACCCCCAUUUCAGUAUUUCACCACCCUGAUCAUCAACACACAAUCCCAAUUCCCAAACAUGUUCGAAUCCGAAUGGAAAAGAAUGCAGAAGAAUCUCAAGCGUCUGAUGCAGGAUCAGCUCUUCAGACGUCACAUUCUUGAAAACGAAUGGGAAAGAACUGAUGUUAACUUGAAGAAACGGGUCGGGUUGUACCCAGUAGCAUCAGAUGAGCAGAAGGGUGACUAUAAGGUCUAUUGUAAGGGUUUGGUUAGUGUUAAAAAGUCGUGUGCUGGUGUUGGGGUGGCCAUUUUUGAUGCACGUGAUCGUUGUGUGUUCGAGUUGCGAAAAGGGUUUUCGGUUAAUGGUUUAAAUGAUGAUGAUGUUAUAGAGCUUAGAGGUUUGGUUGAGAGUGUUUAUGCUGCUGUUAUGUUUGGGCUUCAACGGGUUUAUAUUUACUGUCAUAGCGAAUCGGUUUAUCGAUAUCUCACCGGUAAAGAAAGACCAACAAACAACAUGACUCUGACAUUCGUUGAUGCACUCAUCUUUAUUCAAAGGAAAGUUGGUUAUCGUGGCCCGUUUCUUAUGCAACAAAGCAGUGUCAAGGUUGCGUAUAAACUAGCUAAAACUGCAAUGGCGUCUCAGGCAACCAAAUUUGCCGAAAAAGUUCUUGAGCAAUGUGCAAUUUGUUUAGAAUACAAAUCCAAAGGCAGCAUGUUUUCUCAUAACAAUCGUUCUCAUAAAUAUUGCUAUUCGUGUAUGAAUAAACACGUGGAAUCAAAGUUGCUUCAAGGGCAGCUGCCAGAAUGUCCACACAAGUCAUGCAAGUUUAAACUCGAAAUCGAAAGCUGCAAGAAGUUUUUAAACAAAAGGUUACAUGAUAUUAUGAGCUCGCGGAUAAAAGAAGCUUCUAUUCCUCCGACAGAGAGAGUUUACUGCCCGUUUCCUAAGUGCUCGUUUUUAAUGUCGAAAACCGACCUCCAAAAUGCUGCUUCUACGUCGUCACAUGAAACUUGGAAGAGAAAAUGUUCCAAAUGUCGUGGCCGUUUUUGUAUGAAUUGCAAAGUACCUUGGCACGAUAAAACUAAGUGCUCUGACUACAUUAAAAAUUUCGCGAAUCAAUUUGUUAAUGAGGUGGAACUGAAGUCUCUUGCUGCAAGGAACCGUUGGCGCCAGUGUAUCAAGUGCAUGCAGAUGAUUGAGCUUGCUGCAGGGUGCCACCAUAUUAGUUGCAGGUGUGGAUAUGAGUUUUGCUAUAGAUGUGGAGGUGCGUGGAUCAACAAGACAGCGACGUGCUCGUGCCCGCUUUGGGAUCUAGGCUACAUUUUAUAUGCCGAGUAGAAAAUGCAGUAAAAUUGACGAUGAUGAUGAAAGAAUCAACUGUUGCAAGUAGUUGUGGCAUUUUCAGCCUUUAUACGAUAACCUUUUGGAUUUUGCGAAAAACUAAACUCUUCACUUGAAAAGUCUGUUUUGUCGGCCUGUAUCGAGUUGGUUCUAAAAAUGAAGGAUUUGAGAAGUAACACACAUUUAAUCUUCAUCACUGUCAAUGAGGAUUUUUUUUUUUUUUUU